AUGUUCGGUUUUUCUCGCAGACGCAUGAAGCUUGGACGAUUAAAAGUCCAGCUCUCAGAUUCUGCUCAGGGAACCAGAAGCCCCAUAAGACAACCGAAACAAAAUAAAAGCUCCAAUAGUGAAUGUGAUGCGCCUGCAAGUAGUAAUUCUGAUGAGCUCGAUCACCAGUGUUCGUCUGCUGCCCCCGAGAAUAGUAAUUCUACAAUGGGGAGCUCCGAGAAUUGGAUGGUGUUGUCAGUUUCUGGGGACAAGCCAACGCCCCGCUUCAAUCAUGCCGCAGCUGUAAUUGGGAACAAGAUGAUAGUGGUUGGUGGUGAAUCUGGGAAUGAAUUGCUAGAUGAUGUACAGGUGCUUAAUUUCGACAGUUUUACCUGGACCACAGCUUCGUCAAAGCUUUACUUGUCACCGAGCAGUCUACCAUUAAAGAUCCCUGCAUGCAAGGGCCACAGAAUGGUGUCUUGGGGAAAAAAGGCACUCCUUAUUGGAGGAAAAACUGAACCUGGGAACGAAAAAAUUUCAGUUUGGGCAUUUGACACAGACACAGAAUGCUGGUCUCAUAUGGAAGCUAAGGGCGAUAUACCGGUUGCUCGCACUGGUCACACUGUUGUCAGGGCAAGCUCUGUAUUGAUCCUAUUUGGGGGUGAAGAUGCUAAAAGGAGGAAGCUGAAUGAUCUGCAUAUGUUUGAUCUGAAGUCCUUGACAUGGCUACCUCUUCAUUGCACAGGAACAGGACCAUCUCCAAGGUCCAAUCACGUGGCAGCUCUUUAUGAUGAUAAGACUCUUUUUGUAUUUGGAGGCACAUCAAAAUCCAGGACUUUGAGUGAUCUGUAUUCACUUGACUUUGAAACUAUGGUAUGGUCGAGAAUAAAGAAACGAGGUUUCCAUCCAUCACCUAGAGGUGGUAGCUGUGGGGUCCUAUGUGGAACCAAAUGGUAUAUUGUUGGGGGUGGAAGCAGGAAAAAACGACAUGCGGAGACUCUGAUCUUUGAUAUCUUGACAUUUGAGUGGUCAGUGGCCAUUGCAUCACCUCCUUCUUCAAUCACCGCCAAUAAGGGUUUCAGCCUAGAGCUUGUGCAACACAAAGAAAAAGAUUUUCUUGUUUCAUUUGGUGGAUGCAGAAAGGAGCCAACAAAUCAGGUUGAAGUACUGACUAUGGAAAAGAAUGAAUCAUCCAUGAGUCGUCGAUCUUUUCCCAGCAAAGUCCCUGGAACUCUGUUGCCUGAGAAACGCUUAUCCACUGGCCUGGUUGGUCAACUAAAUAAUGGUUCUUCUCAGCGCUCAGUUAAUUCGGUUACAAGACAAAAUCUUGCAUCUGCAAUUGAACAUCAUGGUUCUGGAAGAAAAUCUUUGUCGGAGUCCUUGCUUGUUGAUCCAAAUCCUGUUUCUGGUAAUGUUUCACUCAGGAAACAAUUCCAUAAUGACGAAGAAUACAACACGACUGUUAAGGUGGUAAAGAGUUCUGAAGAUGAAAGUUCUUUCUCACAGCCAACAGAAAAGAAAAACAGUCAAUCUGAUUCAGGAGUCCAGACUAACGUACUUGGAAGUAGACUCUAUUCGGAGGAAAUGCUCUCUGGAUAUGAGUAUGAAAAUUCAAAUCAUCACAAUCAUGGAAUCGGAAACCUUUCAGUUGAUAACAAUGAUGCAAUGUUCCUAGAAACUGAUAGUAAACCAGGGGCCCUAUCAGCUCCGUCUAGUAUUUACCACUAUUAUGAAUCAAAGAUGGCUACACUAAUAAGAAAGAAUGGAAUUUUAGAAGGGCAGUUAGCUGCUGCAUUGACCAGCCGAGAAGCGGCUGAGAAAAAUUUAUCAUCUGCCCUCAAGAGCAGACAGGAGAUGGAGAGAAAAUUGGCAGACACUGCAAAGGAGAUGGAAUUGCUCAAGGAAAAAGUUGCUGGUGUAGAGAUAGCACAAGAAGAGGCUAACAACCUCUCAAAUAUUGUUCAUUCUGACAAUGUGAGGCUUGAACACGAUGUGGCUUUCCUCAAGGCAGUUUUGGAUGAUACUCAGAAGGAGCUCCAUUCAACUAGAGGAGUGCUUGCAGGUGAACGAGCAAGGGCAUUCCAACUACAGGCCCCAACCCAUAGCAGACGUCAAGCCGCCUCAAUCGUUGCUUGGUUACGAGCCCAGUCACUCACCUCAAGAGCUUCUUGUGGGGAAUCCUACUUCUUCUACCAUGUACAUAAGUGUAUCAACCAGUCACCUUAA